AUGUGCAACCGAUCCCAGGUUGAGAUGGAGCAGAGAGCCGAGGACCGAAGCCAGUGGCAUGGGGCUCCGCACCAGUUCACAGAGGAUACUGAGAAGUCAAUGUCCAUCUUGGACGUGUCUUCAUCUCCCGGAAGCAGUGGAGUGCACACCUCUUGGAACCAUGGCCCAUCAGGCAUUCAACACGUCCCUCAGUGCAUAGAGCUGGAGACGAUCUCCUUGGUCUCUGCUGAGGCACCCAGGCAGAACGCCAGUGAAAUGGGGCCACACUUCAGUAUGUUGCUGCCUGAUCACGGUGUGAGCUACUGCCCCCAAGUGACUUUCACUCCUUCCCAGAUGAUUUACACUGAGGGAAUGUCUCCUUCCCAGACAGGAAUGAUGAUGUUCAAGGGGCCCCAGGCGAUGCCCUUAGGAGAGCCCAGUAUUCCAGGGAUGGCCACGACCUUUGGUGGGAAUCUAAGGAUGUCCCCCAAUGGGCCGCCAGUCUCACCUGCCAGUGGAAUCCCAAUGAUGUCCCACGUCAGAAUGCGAACAAUGCCUUAUUCUGACCUCCCAACAGUAACUUCUAAUGGAGGCCCUUUAACACCUAAAACAUUAUUGGAUCCAACCAUGCCUUCCACUGAGGCCCUGGAAAUGCUCCGCUCUUUGGAUCAGAUGGUGCCCCCUAGAAACCCCCACAACUAUGGGAUGCCCCCAGCUGGAUCGCCAUUAUUGCUGGCUUUGGAAUCCCAGGGCUCUUUUGUGAGCCAGCCAGUCUCCCAGGAAGACCCCUUCCUACCUAAGCAGCCCUUACCUGCUCCACGGAGAGCGGAGCAGUACUCCGGGGCCCAGGAAAGGGCUCCUAGGAGGAGAUCCCCAGUUUCAAGGCCUUACCGCUGCGACUAUGAGAACUGUGAAAAAGCUUAUACUAAGCGCUCCCACCUCGUGAGUCACCAACGCAAACACACAGGUGAAAGGCCCUAUAAAUGCAUGUGGGAAGCCUGUACUUGGUCCUUCUUCCGUUCUGAUGAACUUAGAAGACAUACUCGGAUACACACCAAAUACCGACCACAUAAAUGUGACCAGUGCGGCCGACAGUUCAUGAGAUCUGACCAUCUCAGGCAACACCAAAGGACUCAUAUGCGGGUGCCAACAUCCCCAGACCCGCUGGCUGACAGUGGACAUAUGGCUGGUCCUCCUCCUGCUCCUGGUCUUUAG